GGUGUGAGGAUCAGCUGACUGCUGGCUUCCGGGUGCUGCUCGCUGUUUACUUUGAAAGCUGCUUAUUUUGUGUUUCUGCGUUUUAAACUCAGUCGGCGCUGAGUGCCGUUGCCAUGGACAACGCCUCAGAGAGUGAUGAAGACUUCUACACAGAGAGAACGGCGUUGGUCCCGUCUGAGAACCCGGCGGUUCCUUCGUACCGACAGAACGAGGAACACGAAGCGGCCAACGACAACACGUCCAAAACCGUGCUGAGCAGGAGAACGGCGCCGCCUGCUGGAGACGAUGGCGGCGGCGGCGGCAGCGGCGGCGGCGGUUCGGACCAGGAAGUGGACCUAGACGAGGAGGAACUGACUCUGAAGUACGGAGCCAAACACGUCAUCAUGCUCUUCAUCCCCGUCACGCUCUGCAUGGCCGUCGUCGUAGCAACCAUCAAGUCCGUCAGCUUCUACACCGAGAAGACGGACCAGCAGCUCAUCUACACUCCGUUCACAGAGAACACAGCGUCAGUCGGCCGCCGGCUGCUGAACUCCGUCCUGAACACCAUCAUCAUGAUCAGCGUCAUCGUGGUGAUGACCAUCUUCCUGGUCGUCCUCUACAAGUACCGCUGCUACAAGUUCAUCCACGGCUGGCUCAUCCUGUCCUCCCUCAUGCUGCUCUUCUGGUUCAGUUUCAUGUAUCUGGGGGAAGUGUUUAAGACGUAUAACCUGGCCGUGGACUACCCGACGGUGGCCGUGAUGAUCUGGAACUUCGGGGCGGUGGGGAUGGUCUGCAUCCACUGGAAGGGUCCUCUGCAGCUCCAGCAGGCCUACCUCAUCCUCAUCAGCGCCCUCAUGGCCCUCGUCUUCAUCAAGUACCUUCCUGAGUGGUCGGCCUGGGUCAUCCUGGGAGCCAUCUCUGUCUACGACUUGGUGGCGGUUCUGUGUCCUAAAGGUCCGCUGAGGAUGCUGGUAGAGACGGCCCAGGAACGCAACGAGCCCAUCUUCCCCGCCCUCAUCUACUCCUCGGCGAUGAUGUGGACGGUGGGAAUGGCGAGUCCGGCGGAUCGACAGCAGUCGGGUCAUGAAACAGACGAGGAGGCGGAGCAAAGCGACAGAGGGGCGGAGCAAAGCAGCAGACGGCCGCGCUCGCUUCUAGAGGAAGAGCUGGAGGAAGACCGAGGAGUGAAGCUCGGUCUCGGGGACUUUAUCUUCUACAGCGUUCUGGUUGGAAAAGCUGCAGCGACCGGAGGAGACUGGAACACCACGCUCGCCUGCUUCGUCGCCAUUCUGAUCGGUCUGUGUCUGACGCUGCUGCUGCUCGCCAUCUUUAAGAAAGCUCUGCCGGCUCUUCCCAUCUCCAUCACCUUCGGCCUCGUCUUCUACUUCUCCACAGACUUCCUGGUUCAGCCCUUCAUGGACAACCUGGCUGACCACCAGUUUUACAUCUGAGAGGAAGUCCCGCCCCCCUCACCUGGC